AUGACACAAUUGGUGACCAGUGGGAACUCGACUAUGGUGACUGAGUUCCUCUUCUCUGUGUUCCCACGUCUGCAUGAAGGGGGUCUUCUGCUCUUUAUUGCCCUGCUUCUCAUCUACGGAUUUAUUGUAAUUGGAAACCUAAUGAUAUUCAUUGUCGUCCGGCUGGACAGGGCCCUGCACACCCCCAUGUAUUUCUUCAUCAGUGUCCUCUCUUUCCUGGAGAUCUGGUACACCACCACCACUAUCCCCAAGAUGCUCACCAGCCUAAUUAGUGAGCAGAAGACCAUUUCGCUGCCUGGCUGCCUCCUGCAGAUGUAUUUCUUCCACUCCUUGGGCAUCACAGAAGGCUGCAUCCUGACAGCAAUGGCCAUUGACAGAUACAUUGCUAUCUGUAGUCCUCUCCGUUACCCAACCAUCAUGACUCCCAAGCUUUGUACCCAGCUGACAGCUGGGUCCUGCCUCUGUGGCUUCCUCCUUGUGCUUCCUGAGAUCAUGUGGAUUGCCACCCUGCCUUUCUGUGGCUCCAAUCAGAUCCAGCAGAUCUUCUGUGACUUUACACCCGUGCUGAGCUUGGCCUGCACGGACACAUCACUGGUGGUCAUUGUGGACGCCAUCCACGCAGGGGAGAUUGUGGCCUCCUUCCUGGCCAUUGCCCUAUCCUACAUCCGGAUCAUCGUGGUGAUUCUGGGCAUGCCCUCAGCAGAGGGCCGCCACAAGGCCUUUUCUACCUGUGCUGCCCACCUUGCUGUGUUCUUGCUGUUUUUUGGGAGUGUGGCCGUCAUGUAUCUGCGAUUCUCAGCCACCUAUUCCGUAUUUUGGGACACAGCAAUUGCCAUCACCUUUGUCAUCCUUGCUCCCUUCCUGAACCCCAUUAUUUACAGCCUGAGAAACAAGGACAUGAAAGAUGCCAUCGGAAGGCUUUUCUGCAGUCAGAGGAGGGCUAGCAGGGUCAGGCGGUAGAUCUAGAGGCUGGAUCCACUGUUUCUUGACUUGUUCGUGAGUAUGUUCUGUUUCUAUUGUCACAACUACUCACUCUAUUAUUAUAAACAAGGAGAGAAAAUGGCUGUGUCCAAGGCAUUGGACACAUGUCACAACCUGUUUGCAUCAAUGCCCCUGCCGUGUUUGUUGUGUCCAAGGCAGCACGAAUAGACAACUGCAGCACAGCUCAGGCCGGCUUCUUCCUCGCCCCUCCAGCUGGGCCCCCGCCCUUCCUCCCUGUGGCCCCA